AUGUUCAAAAACAGCUAUCAGAGUGGCUUCCUGUCAAUCCUUUACUCCAUCGGCAGCAAGCCGCUGCAGAUAUGGGACAAAGAAGUCCGCAACGGCCACAUCAAGCGUCUGACGGACCCUGACAUCCAGUCCAGUGUGCUGGAGAUCAUGAGCUCGAACGUCAGCACCACCUACAUCACCACGCCUGCGGACCCCGCGCAGACGCUGGGGAUCAAGGUGCGGCCCGCGCGUGCGUAUGUGCGCGCGCGCUUCUCCAUCUGCUUGGCAGCUGCACGCGUUGCCGACGAGGAAGGAGGGCAAGGUCCCUGA